GUCUGUCAGCCGGGCCGGGGCGCGGCGCGGCGGGAGCCGCCUGCGGGGCGUUGGGAGCGGCAGCGGCAUGGCUGGCUGAGGCGGGGGGAGCCGGGAGGGAGCCGCCGCCCGGCCCCUCUCGGAGGGUGAAGGAGCGCCUGGAUGGACGGACGGACGGACGGGUGAAUGAAUGAAUGAAUGAAUGGCGGAGCGCCGCGCCGCAGCAUGAGGCGCCGGCCGAGGACCGCGCCCGGGCUCGCCCUGCUCUGCCUCGCCGCCCUCCUGGCCGCCGCCGCCGGGCUGCCCUCCAGCGCCGCGCCGCCCCCCGAGCCCGGCAGCGGUAGCGGCGGCCCCGCCGAGGGUAGCCCCGGCACCGCUCCGCCCGCUCGGCCCCGCGCUACCGCCGCGCCCGCCCGGGGCAGCGCUCCGCCGCCGCCGCCCCCGGAGGAAGAGGAGGAGGAGGUGGCGGCGGCGGCGGAGGAGGAAGAAGAGGAGGAGGAGGCGGCAGCCGCGGGCAGCGGCCCCGCAGGAGACCCGUGCAACUGCAGCGCCGUGGGGAGCGCCAGCGCGGCCGGAUGCAACGGCACGACGGGGCAGUGCCCCUGCCUCGAAGGCUACGCGGGGCUGCGGUGCGAGAGCUGCGCCGAGGGGUUCUACCUGGAGCAGAGGAGCCAGCGGUGCCGUCCCUGCGGCUGCAGCCCCGCCGGCUCCAGCAGCGCCCAGUGCGAUGACUCUGGGAAGUGCCGGUGUAAAGUUGGUGUCACGGACCUGAAGUGUGACCGGUGCAGUGACGGGUACUACAGGUUUAACGAAACCACCUGCGAGCCGUGCCAGUGCAACAACCGCUCCAAAACCUGCGACAGCCUGACAGGCACCUGCCUGCACUGCCAGGAAAACACCGAGGGAAAACACUGCGAGCUCUGCAAGGAGGGCUUCUACAGAAGCAGCCAUCCUGCCCACACCUGCCGUCACUGCCCGUGCUCCACCGUGGCGUCGACCGGCACCUGUCGAAUACAGCCUCAUGAAACUGCCCCAAGGUGUGACAAAUGCAAAACUGGGUACACUGGCCCAAAUUGCAACCAGUGCGACAACGGCUACUACAACUCCGACAGCAUCUGCGUGAGAUGUAAAUGCAACGGGAACGUGGACCCAGCACGGUCGCCCAGAGUGUGCAAGCCGGAUAGCGGGGAGUGCAUCGGCUGCCUGUACCACACUGCUGGGUUUCACUGCGAGGAGUGUGAGGACGGCUACAUCCGAGACCCCGAGGGCACCAACUGCACCAGGAAAGAAGCCACUCUUGGCCCAGAAACAAGGGAGUUUACAACUUCUGCUCCAAAUGCCAGCAAGGCAACGUCGUUUUCAACGGCAGUGAUAAACAGUACAUUGUCACCAACAACUACACAGACUAUAUUUCCUCUGAGCUCCUCUGACAACAGUACCUCUGCUUUUGCAGAUGUUUCAUGGACUCAGUUUAACAUAAUUAUUUUGACAGUUAUCAUCAUUGUCGUGGUCCUACUAAUGGGCUUUGUGGGUGCUGUCUACAUGUACCGUGAGUAUCAAAACAGAAAACUUAACGCUCCUUUUUGGACCAUUGAACUCAAAGAGGACAACAUCAGUUUUAGCAGCUACCAUGACAGCAUACCCAACGCCGACGUUUCGGGGCUGUUGGAAGAUGACGGGAAUGAAGUCGCACCGAAUGGACAGCUCACGCUGACGACUCCCAUGCAUAAUUAUAAAGCUUAGAAGAAGUGAUCCACCUAUUCCAAAGUUGGCUUAGAAAAAGUUACAGGGCUUGUUGAAGGGGUAUCAGGAUCCGUGCCAAGGCUCCACGCAGAGGAGUUUGCUCUUCACGUCCUCUUACGCUGGGCACGCUGUAGCUUGCAGGUGAACAGAAAGAAGUGUAGGACAUCUGAAUUUCGGGUAAUACGGCGAGAUGCAUUCAGUGUCCUGAUCUCCAUAAAGACGUGUAGAAUUCACUGUUGUUAAGGACUUGAUUAUGCUGAUCUGAAAAUAUAUAUAUUUUUUUUUUAAUGAACAGGUGGUGGGGUGGACAAAACAUCCCCCCAUGAUUAAUCAGAAGCUACUUGAUUUGCAGCCAACCUAACACUUAUGUCUGCACUCUUUAGUUUGAAAAUCAGCUCAUGAAUUAACAGUGGAUUUUCAGGAAACAGACCUUUGUAAAAGCUUCGUAUUAGUUCCUGAUACAAAUUUGUUUGAAAAGGAGGUCAACAAAAGGGAAAUAAUUGAUCGCUGUGCUACCGAAAGGCAAGUAGAGGAGGGAGUUGCACGCUUGAAAAAAGUCACUGUUAUCAGUUUCCACUAAGCAGGGAAACAGGAAAAAACAAAAUUAUGAAAAUAUUGGAGUUAGGGAAGAGACUAAGCUUUUCCCUUUCUGAGUAUUUAUACAGGGUGAUGAUGCUAUUAAAACAUAGCAAUCCUUUUUUUUUUUUUUCUAGGAGGAGUUAAUGAACUUGUAUAGUUUCUGUGCAAGGGAAGACGACAAGACAUCUCAGGGUUGCCAUGUAAAAAUAAAAGCUAGGCUUAAUACCCUACCCUGAUAGAACCGGUCUGUUCUGUAUAUAAAAUGUAAUAUAUCUUCUUGGAAUUGUAUUUGUAAUUAUUUGUAAAAAGGACAACCAAACAACCAACCAAAAAAACCCAACAACAAAACCAUGAACCCCUCCCCAACCUCCCCUAUUCCCCAAGUCAUAUUUUAUCAUCUAGAUUUUAAUUGUACAGCGGUUAGUGGCGUUGUUUAAAAAGAAAAAAAAAUGAGGAUUGUUUAAAAUACUGUAAAUUAGAUGGCAAUAUUGUUGGAGCUGGGACUCUGGCAAACACGGACUGCUUAAAGCUUUUCUUCUAGUGUCAUUGAAUAAUUUUUUUUAGAGAAAAUGUGAGUGCUCCCUACUUGCAUCUGUCAAUUUUUCCCAUUCCUUUAAAUAUAGAGUGAAUACCAGUGUUGCCAUGACUAGGGCCUAGUAGGUGUCCAAAAAUCGGAUGUACCAUUGUUACUUGCUUUUAAAUCUUUAUACAAAAUGCAAAUACACUGUCAUGAAUGCAUUGAGAGCCUGAUCUCGAUGGCCGAGCUUUUCCGAAGCGGCUGCUCAUCAUGCGAGUGGAUCUCAUUACCAUCUCUCCCGUGCUGACACGGUGACGGGGGAGAUUUGCUGGAGGGCUCAGCGCAGCCUUCUGGCCUCUUGAAGGGCAAACACAAAAAUCUCCUGGAUUUGAGUGGAAAUGGCUUUCAGCCGAAGAGCUUCCAGGAGCUGAUGUGCGCUUCUAGGCUUAAAAGCUAAAAGUGCAUGGAUGCUUUCGGGAAAUUUAUGUAGCACAAGGUGGUGAUGGGGAAUCAGCUGUCAGAAAAACCUACAGGGGACUUUAGGUUUUAUGGAUUCCCCUGAUUUUUGUGGGAGGCUGGUGGACUGUUAGCAGAGGAAUAGCAACUAAUGGGCAGCACAGCCCGGGGAGGUUGCACCCCGGAGCUCCUCGCUUGCUACCCGCAGCGUGCGUGCAUGCCUUGAGGCAGGCACUGUGCCCUCCCUGUGCUGGGGAGCUGCCAUGUCCAACCCAUAAAAAUCAAUACCAUUACAUUUAAGCAGGGCGUGAAACAAGUAUUUCACCUAACUCAUGACCAACCUCAGAACUAAAGCUGCAUUGCUAUGCGUGUUGGUGCUUUGCAAGCGAUUGAUGCUGAGGAUAAAUGAAGUACCUGCUGAAGCUCAGCAGGAGCUGACUGAUGCAUCCUCAGAGCCAGGCAAAAGUAAAUAUUUCUCAAGAUGAGAAACGUUAGGAAGAAUGUGGUGAUUAUUUAUUUGCUUUCUGGUGCUGCAUGGAGGCUUUUCUUAUCAUUGGAGACUUUUGGGGGGGAAUAGGUGCUCUAAACACAUGCACAAAGAUGCCAUUUCUGCCUCAAAAACUUGCUGCCUGAUUUAAAAAUUUAAAAAUGAGGCACGGCAAGUAAGAAGGAAAAUAGUCGAGGACGACCAAGGGAAAUGGCGAGGGCCUGAGCCUGUGGAAGAGCUGCCGUUGCCUGCCCAUAGUUUUGGUAAUAAAUUUGGCUGAUGCCAUUCAGAGCAAUGUUACUUUUAGUUAUAGAACGGGAGAGGACUGGAGGAGAAAGUCUGGGUAUUUCUAAUCCUCGAGUUACUCAUCAGACUUUUAAAAAGCAGAGUGGUGACAAAACAGAAGAUUUCCUAAAAGUUGUAUUUACUUAGCCGUGCUGAUUUAGUGAUACACUUGCACUUGGUCACUUCAUAGGGUGGGGAGAGGUAACGUAGGAAGUGUUAGCUUCUGGGACUAAUGCUAGCAGGCAAAGCGAAGGACAGAUUGUUCACUUUAAUAUCCCAGAGUAUUUCAGUAGAUCUUUUACUCUUUGCCACAAAACACCUCUUCCUCAAAUUUUGGUAUGACUGUGGGCUACUUUGUAAUAGGAAUAGGCUUUGAUUUUUCUCUGACUGUAGAAACAAUGACCAUCUGCAAAACCAGAGUGUGAGUUCGGAUGCUGAGCCCUCCUAGCCCGUGCCUCCCGCAGCACCGGAGGUGUUUGCAUCGGGGCUGCUUCUGACCUCUCCAUGCUUUGUGUUUGAGCCCUGGGUUUGAAAAGAGGAGGUGGUCAGGAUGCCUUACAGUCAGUCCACGGCGGGGUGGGACAGCCUGUUGUCUGGGAGUCACACGUCUGGGUGUCGGGAUGUAGCUAGCCCCUGCAGAUGUGAUGGGAAGCUUGGUUGGGCAGGGGGGACCUGGCUGCCCAGGUCUGGACAGCAGAGGAAAGCACAGGGUGUUCUUCAUAGCAGGGACUGGAGCACAGCAAGGAUGUGGUGCUGGGACAAUGCUUGUCAGAUGGCAAAACGAGUCAGCAGGAAAAUACCAGCCAUCUCCAGCCAACCAGGCCUUUAGCCUAAGGGAAUGGCAUUAAUAAAAGGAGAUCGAUGCCUUAGCAAAAAAAGAAUAAACAGCUUUGUGUUUGACUUUGGUGAUGUGAGAUUAGGUGUUCCUUGCUCUCUCCAUCAGUCACGCAGCUGUCCCUGGAGCACCGCAAGAGGUGAGGAAGAAGCUGGGCUAGCUGUAUCUCCAGUCAGUUAGGUUGGCAUUGUAUUUCGAAGGGGUGCAGAGCUAAAACACCUGUGCCAGGACACUAAAGGCCACCGGGACUUGCCAUGUGUUAUAAGUUGUCAUGAAGCGCCUGAGAUGUUGAGGUUUGCCCCUACACCACAUUGGGGUAUGGGCAGGUAAACCAGAAAUAGACUUUCAGGGCUGCAUCGAGGCCCAGCCCAGAAGCUGGCAAGGCAAGGGGAAGGCAUCUGGGAGACUUCUAGGACUGAUGUGGCAAUACAGAUACACAUAGCUUUCCUGAAGGGCCACCAUGCCUCACCCUCUAACGGGGCGCGCCGCUGGCUGGCUGCAGCGGCGUGGCUGCUGCAGAGAAGGGCAGUCGAUGGCACGGUACGGUAGCUGUAGAGCGUAGAGAAGGUACGACAAGGCAGGUGAGGGCCGGGUGAAGGUGGGAAACCAGCUCUCAAGGCAUGGUCCUCAGGGUCCUGAGGGCCCUGUGGAUCCAGCUGGUCAGGAUGGGGUGAGUUCAGUUCCACAGUCAAGUAACAGAAGGCAAGAGGAUAUAAUGGAGCGGUUAAAGGGCAAAAAGCAAUGAUGUGUCAAAGGCACGGGGUGGCCUGGGCGGCUCACAGCUUAGGAGAGCACUUGGUAAGCACAGAGUGCAACAGACAUGCAAAUCCAUGAUUGGGUUAAUGUGGAUAGAUGAUCUCAAAUCUUAUGUGCCACUGCAGCUAGAAGUAACUGCGUGGAGCACUAGCCCUGGGGAGCUGCAGGAGAUGUCAUCCAUUGGAAUGAUGAUUCCCCUAGACCAGGCUGAGCAAACUUAGCACACUAGAAGCCAUUUAUGAAAGAGGAUUCAGCAUCCUUCAGGUGUCCCGGGCCAGUUAACCACUGCUGUCCAGCAUCCUUAUCUCAAAUGUUACAUGCAAUGUAAAUGUGGCAGGAAGUUUGCACAGUCUCCUUUCAAUAAAGGAUAUAAGCUGAAUCCUAAAAAUACAUUUCUCUCUAAAGUGAAGUUUUAACAUGAGCUCCCACAGGACUCUGCUCUUCGUGUGUCAGAGGGAUGGAUUAAAAUAAGAAAAAUGUGGGCCUUAAAAGUUGUACUUGCUCCCAACUGAAAUCCAUCAGUCUUACUACACAUCCAAAUAAGGCGUCUCCUAAGCAUAUGCUAUGCUUACAAAUGCAUUUCUAAAAAAAAAAAAAGUGUAUGAUUUGAAUAUAUGUCAGAAUUUAUACAGAAGAAUGUUAUUUAAAAUGAAUAAAAAUAAAUGUAUAUAAUUUGUAUCUAU